AUGGGCAACCAGCAAUCGAACAUGGGCGGGGGACCCGGUGGAGAUGGACGUGAUGACAAGGAUAAGAAGAAGGACAAGCCCAGAUACGAGCCUCCUCCACCACCCACCACCCGCAUCGGAAAGAAGAAGCGCAAGGCCGCUGGUCCUAGUACCGCCUCCAAGCUCCCAGAUAUUUAUCCUACUUCGCGAUGCAAGCUACGAUACCUCCGAAUGCAACGAGUCCAUGACCACCUCUUGCUCGAGGAGGAGUACGUCGAGAAUAUGGAGCGGCUGCGUAAGGCCAAGGCUCAAGCUACUCAGGGGCCCGUUGAUCGAGGUGAUCUCGAUGUGAUGGAUCGCAAUGCUGAUGAGCGGAGUCGAGUUGAUGACAUGCGUGGCAGCCCGAUGGGCGUUGGUAACCUGGAAGAAUUGAUCGACGACGACCAUGCGAUUGUUUCGAGCGCCACUGGCCCCGAGUACUAUGUCUCAAUCAUGUCGUUCGUCGACAAGGACCUCCUUGAACCCGGCGCCAGCAUUCUUCUGCACCACAAAUCGGUAUCUGUCGUGGGUGUCUUGACAGAAGAAUCCGACCCUCUUGUGUCGGUGAUGAAGCUGGACAAGGCUCCUACGGAGUCAUAUGCCGAUAUUGGUGGUUUGGAACAACAAAUCCAAGAGGUUCGGGAGUCCGUCGAACUGCCCUUGCUACACCCUGAGCUGUAUGAGGAGAUGGGUAUCAAGCCACCAAAGGGUGUCAUCCUGUACGGUGCGCCCGGAACAGGAAAGACACUUCUUGCCAAGGCUGUCGCCAACCAAACAAGUGCCACUUUCCUGCGUAUUGUUGGCAGUGAGUUGAUCCAGAAAUACCUGGGUGAUGGCCCUCGCUUGGUCCGCCAAAUUUUCUCCGUCGCUGCCGAUCACGCACCCUCGAUUGUGUUCAUUGACGAGAUUGAUGCCAUCGGUACUAAGCGGUACGAGUCGACAUCUGGUGGUGAGCGAGAAAUUCAGCGCACCAUGCUGGAAUUGCUCAACCAACUGGAUGGCUUCGAUGACCGUGGUGACGUGAAGGUCAUCAUGGCCACCAAUAAGAUCGAAACGCUGGACCCUGCUCUGAUUCGACCUGGCCGUAUCGAUCGUAAGAUCUUGUUUGAGAACCCCGACCAAACUACCAAGAAGAAGAUCUUCACCCUGCACACCUCCAAGAUGUCCCUUGGUGAUGAUGUCGACCUGGACGAAUUCAUCAACCAGAAGGACGAUCUUUCCGGUGCCGAUAUCCGGGCCAUCUGUACUGAGGCUGGUCUGAUGGCUCUGAGAGAACGACGUAUGAGGGUACAGAUGGAUGACUUCCGCUCGGCUCGGGAGCGGAUCAUGAAGACCAAGCAGGACGGCGGCCCUGUGGAGGGACUGUACUUGUAA